CCCUCCCGCAAUCCUAGAACACUAGCAUGCGCUAGACAACACACUAGCUUGUCCUUGUUGCCGGCACGUAUCGCUUCUAGUAAGCACAGUACACUAGGAGCCGCCUCGGCGAGGCCAGCGGACGACGAGCCGAAACUGCCCGAGUCGAAUCUCUGGCCGCCCUCCCCCCCAGCCCCCCAAACCAACCCUCGAGUUCUCUUUGCCGCGUGCGGUUGCGUGCGCGCGUUCCGCUCCCGGCCCCAUGGCAGUCACGAACAUGGGCGAGCCCUCGGUCCCGGCGCAGGGGCCCCAGCAGGUGCAUGUGGUGUGGCCGGACGACUACGUCGCGGUGGGGCCGGGCGGCGCCUCUGCGACAGCCGGCGGCGACGGCCAGGAUCUGGCGAAGCCGGUACUGUUCCGGCCGCAGGUAACGGUCAACGUGUUCAACUCGGCAGGGCCGGGCGCGGCGACGCCGCCGGCCACGGCCACGACCACCGGCGACGACAGUAGCGAGGCGGCCAAAAGCCCGGCGGCGGCGGCGGCGGACCUCGUGCGCCAGGUGGCCGCGCUGGAGAGCCGGGUCGAGGCGCAGUCGGCGGAGCUGCAGCGGGCGGUCGCAGCGGCGGCCGCGACGACAGACCUAGAACGCCAGGUGGCCUCGCUGAAGAGCCUGGUCGAGGCGCAGUCGGCGGAGCUGCAGCAGGCAACGGCGGCGGCGGCGGGCGUGCAACGCGACCUGGUUUCGCUGUCGGGUAGGGUCGCGGCGGAGUGCCAGGAGCUGCGGCAGACGAUAGCGGCGACGAGGCCUCAGCUCGUGUACGACGCGGGCAGCUGGAACACGAGCAACGUGCGCUCGUGGUCGGCGCCGCAGGACCACACCGAGGGCCGCGUCAAGUUCGCCAGGAAGUUCGCGGCGCCGCCCAAGCUGGCGCUCAGCAUCGACACCGCCGACGUCUGUAACAGCGCCAACUUCCGCGUCCGCGUCUACGCGACAGACGUCGAUCCCUACGGCUUCACCGUCAACGUAGACAGCUGGGCUAACACCAAGAUCUACUCGUGCGGCGUCUCGUGGAUCGCGCUAGGGGAGUGAUCGCGAGAUUGGUCCACGGCACGCUCUAGGCCGAGGUAGUCGUGCGAUUUGUUGCGUGGAGACGCGGAGGUUUCUACGGCUCUCACUUCCGUGG